UGCAUCCUCCUCGUGCUAUGUGAUCGUUUCUGGAGUUAGGAUACUAAGAUGGGUCAGACGGCUGAAAUGAAAGAGAUGCAGCCAGGGGUGUGGCUGCAGUCUCUCUCAGGGAAACUCAGUCUUGCCUUUGAAAUUGAGCUGCAGCAUCUCUGACAUAACAGUUGUGCCAAUAUGCCAGUCAUGAGCAGGCCAGGGUUUUGGACAGGCUCAGGGUUGAGCAGACUCUUUUCAUCGGGGGAACUAUGAUGGGGAAACAAAUUCUAAGGAACAGCCCUUGUCCAAGCAAAACCUACCUACAGCUAAGGAGCCAAGCUCCUCUCAUAGUCACAUUCAAAGGCUUACCUCGGUCUCAAAGUGUCAGAGUUGAGCUCUGUGCAGGAAAAUCGCCUCAGUGUGAGACAGUGAAGCGAGGUGUGCAAAUCCCGGCAGAUAUUCUAACAGGAUGUCUGACUAAAGAGAAGAUUCAGACAUCCGAGUCUCAUCCUGCUUACCCUGAGGAAAAGAGAUCGUCUGAAAAGAAUGGCGAUAAAGAAACACUUCCCCCUUUACUCAAUGUGGCCUCGUCUCUUGAGAAUGUUUCCAUCCGUCCAUCAUUCUCAAACACUCCGAAAGCAAAAACAGUCACUGUAAGUUCCAUGACAGGAUCUCCUUUCCUGUCCAAUACCAAGGAGCUCUUUGAAGAGAGCCAGAAGAGGUAUGAGGGACAGAGGAAUGCACAGGAUCAGGAAUUACCAAUGACGUCCUGUGCUAAUCUCGAUACUGUGGACACAGACUUUGCUAUAGAGGUGAUGUGCGACCCAGUAAUUCUCAAUGUACAGAACGACCAAAGAUCACAAGGUCUAUUGCCGUUAAGCAAUAAUGGCGAGACCAAUCACCAGUUAAGCAGUACAGGGACUGAGGAGCGUUUGGUAUCCCGACCUGGCGGCACCAUAAUUGAACCUAAAGAAGCUGAACAAACAAUGAAGACCAACACAUUUGUAUCCAACAGAGGAAGUCUGUUCAGUGCAACCUUUGUCCACAACACAGGCAAUAGUGACACAAAGACGAGUCGUGAAAGCCCCUCGUGUGAUGACAGUGUCUCUGAAACAGAGGAUGAAUUAGAUGCAUUUUCUUCCAGCAGUGACUGUCUGACCUACAUUGAGGAGGAGGAGAAGGCUCUUAUAGAUGGAAUGAGAGGUGGAGGAAACGCACGCUUUCUACACUUCAACGAAAGGUCCAAAAAUGGAUCACAAACUCAGCCUUUAUGUCUAAAUCCAGCAAGGAUAUACCACUCGUCUUCGAGUAAGCCAUUCGCUCAGUCGUGCAUGCCACUGGUUUUACAGAUGUCCAAACCAGUUACUAGAGGGUGGUCAAAAACAACUGUUUCUGAAGAGGGUCUAUCAGAAAUCCUUUCGCCAGUGGAUGAGGUUCUGUCCUAUGGAAGCUACGAGCUCCCUCCACCUGUAGCGUACUGUGCAGGAUAUGAGAGUGUUAGCUCCACUCUGCUACCUCCCUCACCUGCUUUUGAGGUGAUCACAUGGACAAGUGAAGAGGACUUCCCGCCUCCUCCUGAAGGAAAUGAUCUGUAUCUAAAAGAGGACCCAUCCAUUAACAGUGAGCAUGUUCCUCCUCUCCCUGAUGAUAUGACACCACAUGUAAACAACACAACAAACUCUGGCGAAACGAACAAAGACCUUGCUGAAGCUAGCUCUACUGCGUACCCUACAUUUCAGAAUGUUUUUCACAGAACGGAGAACUCCAGCUCGCUUACAGGGGAAGAGGACGUCACAGACCCGCUCUUCUCCUUUGACAUUGGCGACAGGGUUCUUGUCUGCCUUUCCAGACCUGGUGUGCUGAAAUACAAGGGGCCGGCAGCAUUUGCUGGUGGCCUUUGGGCAGGUGUUGCCCUGGACAAGCCAGACGGAAACCACAACGGGACUUUUAGAGGGGUGAAAUAUUUCAGGUGUGAUAGGAACUGUGGUGUUCUGGUCCGAGCGGAGGACAUCUCUCCUUUACGAGGGGCACAAGACAGUGAUCUGGAUACUGGGGCUGAGGAGGAUCCCUUCUCAGAUGAAGAACCACCAAAUUGCUCGAAAUCACAAGAGGUUGCUUUGAAAGAAGAUAAAGCCUCAGUUGGACAAUUGGAGGGCAACAGAGACAGGGGCCACAAUACACCAAUCGAUGAUCCUUCAACUACUAAAAUGACCUGUAAAGAGGGACAAUUACAAGAGAAAUUGUGCCAAAACCCUCAACUUCAUUGUUGUAAUGAGACGCCUGAGGCAUCAAGUUCAUCCACCCCUAUACCUGUUUCAUCAUUAUUUCAAAUUGGUUUUGAUUCAUGCCCCCAAACAGCAGGACACACCAUGAGCACUAGUUUUGACAUAAACUCUUGGGUGGAAAGAUUGACUGAGGAGCUGAUCCAAGAUCUUAUAAUGGAUGCUCUAAAGAUAAGGAAGAGAAACAGAGAGAAAGGCUUGCUCAAAGAGGACAACAAACAAAUUGAUACAAUAAAGAAGAGAGAUGACAGCACAGCAAAUAAGCUGUGUUUCAUAGAACAGUGGCACGAUACUCUCUGCUCUGCAGCUCCUGAGAAGGUUAAAGUCCAGCCCCACGACCGGGACAUAGUGUACAGACUGGUUGAUACUGCCGUGGAAACCCUCUUAGGCCAAGCAAAGAGUACCAUGAUUUACAACCCAGAAGCACCAGGCUAUAUCAUUGAUGAAGAGAGUGUCAGAGCUUACGGACAGAUCAUGCACCAACUCACCUCUGAGAUUCUUCAUGGGGUGUUGACCAAUCACUUUGGGAUUACAAGAUCUAUGUGGCAGACGAAAAAUAUACUCUCAAGUCGCCUAUCAAGUAGAAUCUUUCUCACCGACUUGAAGGCUGCUGUAAAAUCAGAGGUGCAGAAAGAGCUCAACUUGGAACGGACCGACCUUCAGAUGAAAGAGAUGCUCCUGACAUUGUGCAAAUACAGGAGUACAAAGAGAGACAGAGUAGACUACAUUCUGAUCCAAGAGCUUCACAAAGAAGAACUUCAGUGGGUGGACUACAGCGCUGACCAGAUUACUGUGAAGAUGAGACUGUCUGAGGAGAUUUUCAAUCUUCUCCUAGAGGACACUAUAUCAGUUCUCAAACACAUGUACAUGACACCAUCCUUUUGAACCUGAGAAAGAAGGUUACUGUUCCCUCCAUAAAAUAUAUCUUAUUAAUUACCAUUACAUUCUUGAAUGCUUUGCAUUAAGUUACAAUGACAUGUAUUGAUUAUCUAUGAUCAUUGAAUAAUUUAAAUAAAUCACUCAUUGGAAUUAA